AUGGCACCAUCGCUUCCGGGGGAGGUUACCGACCGUAUCAUCCGCUUUGUAUGGCCAUACAAGACUACGCUUUGUAGCUGCGCACUGGUCUGUCGCGACUGGUUGCCGGCAAGCAGAGUAAACCUGUUCUACGAAGUCCAAAUCAACUCCGCCGCGUCUUACGAUUCAUGGGUCGCCCAAGUCCUUCGAAGGCGGGAGAUGAAGCCGUGGCUGUCCUUUGUGCGAAGGCUCAUCAUAAGUGAUCCGCGUCCAGAUCAUCAUCUGAGCGAACCACCUCGCAGGUUGGCCCCCGAGAUCUCCAGCGUCGGCGAGGCCAGCGCUUUCUUCACGAAUUCGCCAACCAGCUGCCCGACCUCCAGAACAUGA